AUGGCUGCAGUUGUGGCACCGAAGUCUGAACAAUACGGUAGAAACCGACCGAAGCCGUUUUUAAGAGGAGGAAAGAAAGGACAAAAGCGCGAUACAGAUCAGUAUGGUACGUUCUUGGUGAAGCUUGUAGACUUUCAUAAAUCUCCUCGAAGGCCGAAGUUGGAAUUACCGAAACACCGAAGAAAAACUCCAAAUCUUGAAGAAGCUUCUGCGAAAGCUACCGCGGGAACGACAGAAACAAGCAUGCCAACAAAAUCUUCGCCACGACGAUCGAGGUCUCCUCGGAGCCCACGUAGGACAGCAAGAAGUCCAUACGAACCAGACUCAUAUCCAAGCUAUGAUUCUAGAUUAGACAGACAUCAACAAACAUAUGUGUUGUCUCCCUUAACCCUGGAAGCUCUCAGAAAAACGAUGAAAGGUACUCAUCAAACAAUGAUGUCAGACCCGAACAAAAAUAUUGCAUUUCAUGGUCCAAGAAGACCUCUUCUCCUGUCAUAUCCAACUAAGCCUACAAAAGCAGGAAGAGCAAUCUUCAUACAUCGACCAGCCAGUUCUCCACGAUCUCCCCGGUCGGCUUCUGCAGAUCAAGAGCAGAUUCCAGUUCUAAUGACAGAAGAAAAUAUACCAGAUACAGACGAAGCUCGCGAUUUUGUGCGAUUAGCAUAUCAUUUACGCACGGGAGCAACGAGAACAGAUUCUCCAAUACCGAAAAAGCUUCGAAGACCUAAGACAGUUGCACCGUUGCAAACUAAAGCACAAAGGCUGGCAAAAGAAAAAGGAUUUAUUUUAGAUGGAAUUGCGUUGAGCAACAUACAGGACGAUUAUUCGCGAGUUCAGCCGAAACUUGGACCAGCGAUUCCGCCGUAUAACUCUCAUUUUGAUCGACAUGUUGGGAAUUAUUUUAGAUUUAAAGGUGUAAACAAAACAUUGAAAAAUACCGGACAGGUUCGAGAACGAAGUCAGUCGUUACAAGGGAAAGCAGUUGAUAGAUUUCAUUACAUCGGAGAUGGACAUAUUUAUAUUCAAAAAAGAAAUAGAUCUGGUGCAGGAUAUUCACGGGAAUUCGUAGAUGGGCACGAUCAAUUUCUUUCCGAAAUUAAACCAAUGAACAGUUACAACGGUAGAUUCGGAUUCAGACGAAACACACCGACACUGCGAAACUGCCCGUCGCCAUUUGGGACUGCCAGUAGAUCUCCGACACAUUAAAAACACAUUUCAAACUUGAGUUCUUCAUUGUAUUCUAUAGCCUACUACGUCUCAAUGGUGCAUAUUAUCACUAUGCUCACUUGAAAGCUUCUUUCACUAGAUCAGUUUAGCUACAAGAAAGCAAGCUAUUCAAAUUCAACACGUUUCCCUGUUUGUAACAAGUUGUUGACCUAUAACAAAAACACAAUUCGGUACUCCCGUAGUAUGUGUACCAGGUUAGGGUUAGGCAAUAAUUUAUUUCGA